AUGCUUUCGGCAUACUACACCCAGCUUGUCAUCCUGAGCAAUGUAUGGUGUUUCAUUCGUGGGACUUCUGUGGCCAUUCCAGAGGUUGCAGUGACGUGUACAGAAGAAGCGCUGCUGGCCUGUGAAGCUCCUCGGGACCCACAAGUCACCUAUGAGGGAGUGUCCUGGCAUAAAAUUGUUGGAAAUGGUGAAGAACUGGCAGAGAUGGUACAGAAGAACCUUGAGAAUGGUGUGGAAUAUUACUAUCCAAAAGAACUUAAUGGAUCCUUGCAGCUCUCCAGUGAUGACACAUAUUCCUUGAGAAUCACAAACACUACUAGCCACAACAGUGGGACAUAUGGGUGCAUCUUGUGGGCACCAGCUGGAAAACACAACCAAAGUGGCACAAUCAUAUUAAAAGUAACAGGUUGUACUGAACGAUUAGAUGAAAAAUUUAAAAAAUACAGAGCGGAACUUUUAUUGCUGUCCUGCCUUGGGAUUUUUUACUUGCUGCUCAUCUUUUUUACCUGUACAUGCCUAAAAAAAGAGAACAUGCUUCCAGGUUAUCAUAAACACAGAAGAGAACAGAAACACACACUUAUCCUUGUCAGUGCGCAAGAAAAGAAGAUUAUCCAGUGUUUAGGCAGCAACAGCACUUGCAAAAAUGGAUCUAAUUUGAGUUCUGGCCAAGCUGAUGUAGUUUAA